GCAAGCGCCACUUACUUUGGCCAUGGCCCGGAAAGCCUCCCGCCGGGUUUGGCUUUGGGCCCUCCUGGCGCCCUUCGGCUGCGCCUUCCUGGCACAACCCGCGCCAAGGGUUCUGCCCUCUGCCUGCGGCGCGGUGGGCAAAAGCGCGCCGCGGGUGGCGCGGGCAGCAGAGGCAGCGCCAGCAGAGUCAAAGCAGGCUGCGCUGGACAUCCUAGCCCAGUCAGCUCUGACUAAAGAGACGGAUCCCGAAGAAGUCUUCGACGCCAUCCGAGUGCUGGAGAAAGCGAAGAACAGAACGGGAGAAUCCGGCUUCGCCCACUUCUUGACGGGCGACUGGCGGCUCGUCUACACCACCGGCACCAAAAAGACCGAGACCGAUGUCGGGCGCAUCAACUACGUGCCAAUCACGGCGGUGCAGCGCUUUGAUAUGGACAAGAAGUUCAUUCGGAACGGGGUGUACCUGGGCCCAGUGUCUCUGGAGUUCGAAGGCACCCUCCGGUGGAUCGAGGAACGCCGGCGCAUGGAGUUCGACUUCGAGGAGCUGAAGAUUUGCGGCUUCAGCCCCUCGCUGCCGGACUGGCUGCGCAGCAUGGCGGGCAUGCGCAGCUCCUCUCCCUACAAGAAGCAGCCCGCCUUUGACUUCGUGGCGGUGGAUGAGCGCAUCGCUGCCGCACGGGGCGCAGGGGGCGGCGUGGCCCUUUGGCUACGCAACGAGCUCGCAGACUGAAGGGCUCCGAGCCCCGAUCGCUUUAGGGUAAUAGGGCGGGGCGAUUUGGAGGCCGCAUGCAAUCCGAU